AUGAAGGCUGAAGUGUAUCUUGAAAAAAUGCUGCACAGUCCCCCUGAAGAGAUUGAAGUGCAAAUGAGAUGGGGAAAUCGUUACGGGGGAGGCUCGAAAGACAAUCCAUACCUGAAAGACACACCGCGCUUCAAUACGUACACAGAAACUAUCCAUCCACAAAAGAUUUGCAAGGGGCUGAUGGAGAUAAGAGAGCAAUUGCUUUCGGAAUGGGUGAAUGACCUAGCUAUCGUCCAGCAUGAGGAUCAUUUGUUCUGGAUCCAGGUUCACGAGGAAGAGGAACUUCAGAGGGCAGAGAAUAUCACAAGCAGAAAGAAGACAUCUGAGACGGGACAUGAAGAUGGGGACAUGACUGAUCUUGUGCUGAUUGGGACCAGGGGAGAUUAUGAGUCUUCUCCGUUGCGAGGCCGAAAUUUUGAUGUUCUAAAGAGGCUGAGCACGUAUAUUGCUGUGAAGAAGUUAUUGGGCAGAAAAGGGGAUGGAAAUUCCGAAAGCAAUCUCAAGUGGCUGGGGAAGGUUUGGGAUGAGGAAUACAAACAGAUGUUCGAAACGAACAGCGAUCGCUACGUUUCUGAGAUGUUUUUGAACACACUUGCGCGGAAGCCAUCGAUGGCAGUUCCUGACGGGGAAUCUCUAAUGUUGGUAGAGCCCAGGCAUGUGGUGGAGCAGGUGAAGUCCGAGGCUCCUGCAAUGCAACGAAACUGA